AUGGGUGCUGAGGGGCGACGAGCUGCAGUUGCAAAGAAAAAGACAAGUCCGCCAAUUCUUUCACACGAAUUCGUCAUUCAAAAUCAUGGGGAUAUUAUGAGUUGCAUUCUUAUGCUCAUCGUUAUCGGAUUCAUGUUCCCGGCUACUGCAUCGCUUUCUGCCAUUUUUGUUGUUCCACAAUAUAACGAAACGGUGUCUAUUCCAACGGAAGUUGGCCCAUACGACGUUCAAAUCUAUAGAAGCGGUGUUCGAGAUAUUUUCACGGUUCUUUUUUACACAGUUGCUUGGAUCACCGUUCAUGCAAUUAUCCAGGAAUACAUUCUCGACAAGCUACAACGAAAGGUUCAUCUCUCCAAAUCAAAGCAAUACAAGUUCGGCGAGUCAGGGCACCAUCUUUUUUUUGCUACUUAUGCUGUUGUACACGCCGCAUACGUAAUCGGAGAUUUCAUUGACUCACAUAAUGACUUGAAAAACGUAUGGAGUGGUUAUCCAGAAGAGCACCGUGCUAUGACUCUUAACAUGAAGCUCUUUUUCUUGUUACAGAUUGCUUACUGGGUUCACCAAUUUCCGGAAUUUUAUUUUUCGAAGAUGAAGAAAGACGAAAUGCAACACCGAACUGUUGUCUCUAUUCUUCACAUUGGCUUCAUUGCCGGAGCUUACAUUAUGAACUUUCAACGACUCGCUGUACUUUUGCUUGUGAUUCAAUAUGCAUCGGAUGUCAUUUUCCAUUUAGCUCGCCUUAUCCACUUUUUGGAAAAAAAAAGUAUCGCAAAAAAUACGUUCAAAGCUUGGAAUUUUGUGUUCAUCUUGGCACGUCUAGCUACCGCCGUUCUUGCUGUUGUUACUUUCUGGUAUGGUUUGCGACAAACUGGUCAACCAAGUGUUGACAUUCCCAAUGGAAACUUUAACACUUCGUUCAUAAGGUUAAAUUCUUUGAUUGCCACCCUAGCUCUACAACUCUUUAUGUUAUGGCAAUUUAUCACUUUCCACUUUGGACGCCUCCGUGAUGUCCGACAAAGGAAACAGAAAGGAAAUGAGACCAAAAAACAAUUGGCUGCGGCUUCCAAAAGAAACAAUAACCGUACGGAAAGUGAGUCGUCUGCUCAAGAAACCGCUCCCGAAGAUAAAAGCCCCGGAAAACGCAAGCAAAAGGCCCAU